AUGGCGGAGACUCUCUCAGGCCUAGGCGAUUUGGGUGCAGCGGCUCUGAGCUCCGCCUCCUCUGAGACGGGACAUGGCAUCCUGCGGGUGAUCGAUCUGCGGGCGGAGCUGAAGAAACGGAGCGUUCUGAUGGAGAGGCUCAGAAAGGCAAUUAAAGAUGAAGGGGGUCAUCCUGAUGAAAUUGAAAUUACCUCUGAAGGAAACAAGAAGACAUUAAAAAGAUCUAACAAAGGACGUAAACCAGAAGAAGAAGGUUUGGAAGAUAAUGGGCUGGAGGAAAAUUCUGGGGAUGGACAGGAGGAUGGUGAAGCCAGUUUGGAGAACUUUCAGGACAUUGACAUGAUGGAUAUCAGCGUGUUAGAUGAAGCAGAAAUCGAUAAUGGAAGUGUUGCAGAUUGUGUGGAAGACGAUGAUGCUGAUAAUCUCCUAGAGUCUGAUAGUAGCGAGCUAGAGGGAGAACUGAAAGAGCUUCCUGAGCAACUUCAAGAACAUGCUCUAGAGGACAGAGAAAUUAUAAAUAACUUAGAUGCUUCAUCAUCUGACUUCACUAUGUUACAGGAAAUUGAAGAGCCAUCCUUGGAGCCAGAAAAUGAGAAAAUACUCGACAUUUUGGGGGAAACUUGUAAAGCUGAGCCAGUAAAAGAAGAAGGUUCCGAGCUGGAACAGCCAUUUGCACAGGAUACUGCUGGAAGCCGUAGCGUUCGGCCAGACAGAAAGCUUUCGGAAGAAGAGGACCUUUAGGCCAGCGAGUCAACAGCACAAGCUCAGUGGAGCAAGGCAGACACCCUGUUAGCGGUAGUGAAAAGAGAGCCCGUGGAGCAGACAGGCGGUGACGAGAGGAUGGACUGUGAGCCUGUAGGGCUAGAGGAGCCAGCUGAGCAGAGUAGUAAAGCCUCAGAGCGCACAGAAGCCUUUAGCGAGGGGGUCACAGAAGCACCACAGGAAGCCUCAAGCCCAGAUCCCAGAGAUAGCAAAGAAGACAUGAAGAAGUUUUCUUUUGAAGCUUGUAAUGAAGUCCCUCCAGCUCCUAAAGAGUCCUCAGCCAGUGAGGGUGCUGAUCAGAAAAUAAAUUCUGUCGAAGAUGAUUCGGAUACAAAACGGCUUUCCAAAGAGGACAAAGGUCUUAGCAGUUGUAGAAAUUUUUGGGUUAGUGGACUUUCUUCCACCACCAGAGCUACAGAUUUGAAGAAUCUUUUCAGCAAAUAUGGAAAGGUGGUGGGUGCCAAGGUUGUGACAAAUGCUCGGAGUCCUGGAGCUCGCUGCUACGGCUUUGUGACAAUGUCCACAGCGGAAGAGGCCACAAAAUGCAUUAACCACCUGCACAAGACUGAGCUCCACGGAAAGAUGAUCUCAGUGGAAAAGGCAAAAAAUGAGCCUGCUGGAAAGGAAACCUCUGACAAAAGAGAAGGUGAAGGGAAAAAAGAGAAGUCCAGCACCAGCGACAGAUCAGCAAACCUUAAAAGGGAAGAUAAAGCUGACAGAAAAGAUGAUGCUAAAAAGGGUGAAGAUGGAAGUGGAGAAAAGAGUAAAGAUCCAGAUGAUCAGAAACCUGGCCCUUCAGAGCGAUCUCGAACCACAAAAUCAGGUAGUCGAGGAACCGAGCGGACUGUAGUAAUGGAUAAAUCUAAAGGUGUGCCUGUUAUUAGUGUCAAAACAUCGGGAUCCAAAGAGAGAGUUUCUAAGAGCCAGGAUCGCAAAUCAGCCAGCAGAGAGAAGCGGUCUGUUGUGUCCUUUGAUAGAGUCAAAGAGCCUCGGAAAUCAAGAGACUGCGAGUCCCGCAGGUUGUGUGGGCGCAGUGAGCAGGAGCAAUGCAUGCAGGCACUGUGGGAGCAGGAGCAGCGGGAGCAGCGGGAGCAGCUGGAGUAUGCCCGAGAGAGGCUGGCCUUCCAUCGGCACCGCCUGGAGCGGGAGCGGCUAGAGCGCGAGCUCAAGCAUGUGGAGCAUGAGCGCAGGAAGGAACAAGAGCGCAUUCACCAAGAGCGGGAGGAGCUACGGCGACAGCAGGAAUUACGCUAUGAGCAGGAACGGCGGCCUGCUGUGCGGAGGCCCUAUGAUGUGGAUGGCUGGCGAGAGGAUGCCUAUUGGCCAGAAGCCAAGAGAGCUGCCCUGGAUGAGCGUUACCAUUCUGACUUCAGCCGCUACGACCGCUUCCAUGACUUUGACCACAGAGACCGGGGCCGCUACCCUGACCACUCAGUAGACAGGAGAGAAGGUUCAAAGUCAAUGAUGGGAGAAAGAGGAGGACAGCAUUAUCCUGAACGCCACGGAGGACCAGAGCGCCAUGGACGGGACUCCCGUGACAGGUGGGGCGGAUAUGGCUCUGACAAGAGGAAGCGCGAGGGCCGGGGACUGCCUCCUCCAUCCAGACGUGACUGGGGGGACCAUGGCCGAAGAAUUGAGGGCGCUACUGAUGGAGGCAUGAUAGACAGGGACCACAAGAGGCGGCAAGGUGGUGAGAGAAGUAUGUCCGGUCACUCUGGGCGAAGUCACAUAAUGAACAGGGGAAGGAUGUCAGGAUGUGGCAGCUUUACCCCAGAUGGGGCCUCUCGGGGUCACGUGAUCCCGCGUGGUGGAAUGCAAGGUGGAUUUGCUGGCCAGAACCGGGGCAGCCCACCCAACGACGCUCCCUUCACUCGCCGCUACUAAGUGCUUGGAAUCCUGUGUUCCGUCAUGUGGCAACCAGAGUAUGUUCUUUUAGGAGUUAUCUUAAACUGUGUACAAUAAUCUUUUUUUUUUUUUAUCUGCUGCCAUAUUGUAGCUCGAUACAAUGUGAAUUUGUUUUUUGGGGUUUUUUUUUUUGUAAUAAAU